AUGGAUUCCAGAACAGCGAUCUGCGGCGCUCUGCUGCUACUGGUGACAUUGCUGCCUCUUUCAGCCACCGCGUCGAGCAAGCUCUACAUUGUGUAUAUGGGGGAGAAGAAGCACGAUGACCCGUCCGUAGUCAUCGCGUCGCACCAUGACAUCCUAACAUCCGUUUUUGUGAGCAAGGAUGAAGCCAUGAGGUCGAUAGUUUACAGUUACAAGCAUGGAUUUUCUGGGUUCGCGGCUAUGCUCACAAAAUCUCAAGCUGUCGCAAUCGCAAAAUUUCCUGAAGUUGUCUCUGUGAAGCCUAAUAUUUUUCACAAAACGCACACAACUCGGAGCUGGGAUUUCCUUGGGCUUGACUAUAAUCAACUGCCACAACAACCGGGGCUCCUCAAAAGAGCAAAGUAUGGUGAAGAUGUCAUUGUGGGUGUGAUCGAUACAGGUAUAUGGCCUGAAUCACGAAGCUUUGAUGACAAUGGCUAUGGCCCCGUGCCAGCACGGUGGAAAGGAAAAUGCCACAGUGGCGAGAAGUUCAACGCCACUGGUUGCAACAGAAAGAUCAUCGGUGCGCGGUGGUAUGGCCGUGGCAUCAGCGCCGAGUCACUAAAGAGCGACUAUAAGUCACCUAGGGACCUCAACGGCCAUGGCACACACGUCGCUUCAACUAUCGCCGGUGGGGAAGUGCAGGGCGUGAGCUAUGGAGGCCUAGGCAUGGGCGUGGCACGUGGUGGAGCACCACGUGCACGACUUGGUAUCUACAAGGUGUGCUGGGUGGAUGAGGGUUGCCCUGACGCGGCGGUCCUUGCUGCCAUCGACGACGCCAUACAUGAUGGGGUUGAUGUCUUGUCGCUCUCUGUUGGAGGGGUUGGUCAGGAGUACUCUGGGACGUUGCAUGCUGUGCAAAGAGGGAUCUCUGUCGUGUUCGCCGGAGGGAAUGAUGGCCCUGUGCCACAGACGGUGACGAAUGCCAUGCCGUGGGUUACGACGGUGGCCGCUAGCACGAUUGACCGGUCUUUUCCAACCUUGAUAUCGCUUGGGAACAAAGAAAAGCUGGUGGGGCAAUCUCUAAAUUACAAUGCAGCUAUGAAUAACAGCGGCUCUCAGGCCCUUGUUUAUGCUGGGAGCAGAUGCGACCCGGAAUCACUGGCCUUGGGCAAUGUCACGGGCAAAACCGUCCUUUGUUAUGCACCAGAAGAGGCAUCGCGGUGGUCGCCCCAGUUAAUACUCCCUUAUGCCAUCAAUUAUACUAUAGAGGCCGGUGCGAAGGGCCUCAUCUUCGCACAAUACACCGCCAACAAUCUUGACAGCCUGGUUGAAUGCGAGGGAUUUAUGCCUUGCACGCUGGUGGAUUUUGAGAUCGCACAUCGAAUUUUCUCCUACUGGGACAUGACUGACAAUCCGGUGGUGAAGGUGUUUCCGGCUGUAAGUGUUGUUGGAAAUGGGGUGUUGUCGCCAAGGGUCGCCUCGUUCUCGUCCAGAGGUCCAAGCCUAUUGUUCCCCGGCAUACUCAAGCCCGACAUUACUGCUCCUGGCGUCAACAUCUUGGCGGCGGUGCGCGGCUCCUAUGUGUUCUAUUCUGGGACAUCAAUGGCGUGCCCACAUGUCUCCGCAGUGACCGCGAUGCUCAAGUCGGUUCACUCUCAGUGGUCACCUGCCAUGAUCAAAUCGGCCAUUGUCACCACAGCAUCUGUGACCAAUCGUUUUGGCAUGCCAAUCCAAGCAGAAGCUGUCCCAAGGAAACUAGCCGACCCCUUCGACUUUGGUGGUGGACACAUUGACCCAGAUAGAGCCGUUGACCCUGGCUUAGUUUACGAUGUUGAUGCAAGGGAGUACAACAAGUUUUUCAACUGCACCGUUGGAUAUUUAGCUGGUUGUGAGUCCUACUACCUAAAUCUCAACCUCCCGUCAAUUGCCGUGCCAGACCUCAAGGACCAUGUCAUGCUUCGGCGCACCGUGACUAACGUUGGGCCAGAGGAAGCAACAUAUCAUUUAGUGGUUGAACCUCCAGCGGGGAUAGAUGUGUCCGUAGAGCCAUCUGUGAUCAAUUUCACCCAAAGCAGUAGUAAAAGCGUGACGUUUAUGGUGACAUUCACAACAAGGCAGAGAGUGCAAGGAGGAUACACUUUCGGGAGCUUGACAUGGUCAGACGGAAGUACCCACUCAGUGAGAAUUCCUAUUGCGGUACGGACUGUGAUACAAGACUUUGUUGCAGAUACAUCUUAA